AUGGAUGCUAGGCUGGCCGAGAAAGACAAGAAACCAAAAGCAGGAAAAGGAAGUCCUAGCAGCUCUCAAGAUGUGAAGGCGAAAGGACCGGCUCAGAAAGACAAGAAUCCAAGACCGGGCAAAGUAAAUCACAGUUUUUUUCAAGAUUUGAAGGAAAAAGCCCAAGGACUUUAUAAAGAUUCCAAUUCUAAGGAUGGAAAUGCUGAUAGACCGUUAUUUCUCAGGAAGCCUUCACUAUUCAAGCCAAAUGCCAACUUGCAGAAAGGAGGCCACCCAGUUUAUAACUUGAUAUUAACAAGGUCUCACACAGAUGGUCAAUACAAAAAAUAUAGUUUUGGACAUGCAGACCUACGUAAACAAAAGAAAGUGAUCAUGAUGGUCGGGGAAACAGGAUCAGGCAAAACAACCCUCAUUAACUUCCUGGUGAACUACAUUUUGGGAGUGAAAUCAGAAGACGAAUACAGAUACAUUCUUAUUGAUGAGAAACUAAAUCAGAGUCAGGCUCACAGUCAGACCUCCGAUGUCACCAUUUACCAGCUAAACCAUAUGGUUGGAUUCAGGGUUUCAUAUUCACUGGCCAUCAUUGAUACCCUGGGGUUUGGGGACACUAGGGGAAUGGAACAGGACAAGCUUACAAUGGAGAAAUUAAAAGAAUGUUUUAGUUCAAUGUGGGGAAUCAACCAUAUCAAUGGCAUCUACUUUGUGGUUAAGGCCUCCACAAAUCGCUUGACAAUAUCACAGACAUAUGUGUUUAACUCUGUUCUCUCAUUGUUCGGUAGAGACAUCAAGGAUAACAUUCAGAUCUGUGCCACAUUUGCUGAUGCCAAAAAGCCUAAAGUUCUACAAGCCCUUAUUGAAGCUAAUGUCCUAUUUGUAGGGAAAUCCAGUGGCACCCCAGUAUGCUAUAAAUUCAACAAUAACUCCCUAUAUGCAAAUUCAGAUGAUGAUGAUGAUGACGAGGAAGACACAAGUGAGGCUUUUCAAAAAUGCUGGAACAAGGGGUUCAAAAGUGCUGAGAAAAUGUUUGAUGCUUUGGAAAACCUGGAUUCAAAAAGUCUAAUGUUAACCAAGGAAGUGUUGAUGGAACGGGCUCAGCUUGAAAUAACUAUGGAGGGAUUAUCUAUUAAAAUCCAACAAGCCGCUCUAAAGGAAAUAGAAAUGGCAAGAUGUGAGCAGGUUUUAAGGCAACACGAUAAAGAAAUUCAAGACAAUGAGAAUUUUGAGUAUGACCAAUGGGUGACCAUAAAGAUGAAAAUAGCUGCAGACAAAAAUGCCAUUAAUUGCAGGGAGUGUGAGGACACUUGUCACUAUCCCUGUAGGGUUGCCAUUGAUCGCAUGGUUGGCCUUUGCCGGGUGUUUACAAUGAAUAAAAUUUGCAGACUUUGUGAGCACAAUGUGAGCAGCCAUUUCACUGAGAAACAGAAGUGGGAGCAUGUGGAGGAAAAGGUCAAGAAAAAAUAUGUGGACUUGAAACACAAGUACCAGAAGGCAUGUAAAGAGCGUUUAACCACAGAAAUGGUGUUAGAGAACCUACUGAGGGAAAGCAACGAAGUGGAAGCAGAGAAAAUGAUACUCAUUGAGAGAGCUGCACAAUGUCUCCACCGACUGGAAACCAUCGCCUUAAACCCCAACCCACUAUCUACACUUGAUUAUAUUAACCUGCUUAUUAGCACAGAGAAAUGUGAUGGGAAGCCGGGAUUUCAUGAGAGGAUCGAGUCACUGGAAAAAGCCAAAGCCAAGAUCAAGCAUCUCAGUAACCAUCUGUAA